UUCAAGUGAAGUAGAUUGGUGGGAAGCCAAGAUCCACACACUGCCAAUAGUCUGGACAUCCCACUCCCGUCAGGAGCUGCUCUCAUGAACGCUGGUCUCUUUCUUUUAUUACCAGAUGUCUACGAGGGGACUUGUUUCGUUGGUUUGACUUCUACUCGUUCUGAUCACCCUGGAAGCCCCUGUUCCUGUACGGACAAACACUUCCAUCGGGUUUUCCGCAGACCUCGGUGGAGAAAAGCAGCAGGAAAACAAUCGUGGUGGCAUUUUUAUCUUCUUAAACAGAACGCAACAGGUGUGAAACCGCCAACUCGGUAAUUACUUUUAACUGAAGUAGUUAUUACUCUUGACGACACUGUGGACGUGGUGUACCAAAAAUGUCUCCUUAGUUUCCCUGGCGGCGCGCCUGCUCCUCGGUUUCCAAGACAGGGCUGUGGACUGUUCGCCUUCUGCUGACUCCCCAACGCUUCCAACAUUUCACUGGAUUAUAACCGAGGAAAGUAACACGUUUACGAUUAACGCUGUUAUUAACUGAGAUCAUUGGGUUCCAGUAUUCUACUUGUCGCAUUUGGCGAAAGGCGAAGGCGUUAAAAGCGCGCUGAGAAAACCUUUUUCAGUGGAUACACGCAUUUUGGCCCAGUACCGUACCGAGAAGCGCACGGUGAUGGCGCAGCGGAUCCGCGUCCUGCUGCUGCUGCACCUGGCUGUGCUGCUGCUGGGCUGGCCGACUGGAGCGGGCCGGGUACGAAAAAAGGCCACCAGGUCCCGGUCUUGCCUGGACCUGCCGGAGGAGAUCCUGGAGCAGAUGUUUGGUCGGCUCUCGGUGGGAGUGAUGAGUGCUUUCCACCACGCACUGGAGCUGGAGCCGCAUGACAUGCUCAACCUGACUUGCCCGAGCUCCGCACGGUCCCCGACCGACAGCAAGACCCGCCUCCCGGUCAACCUGCUCAGCAUCUCCCCCUGGGCCUACAGAAUCUCGUACGACCCGGCAAGGUACCCCCGCUACGUCCCUGAGGCCUACUGCCUGUGUAAGGGCUGCCUGAUCGGGCCGUACGGUGAGGAGAGUGACCGGUACCGCAGCACUCCGGUCUACGCUCCCUCUGUCAUCCUGAAGAGAGCGGGCUCCUGUCUUGGCGGCCGCCACUCGUACGCCGAGGUCUAUGUCUCCAUCGCCGUGGGAUGCACCUGCGUGCCGCUGCUGGAGAAGGAGAGGGACGGCCAGAACAGCAACCAGAGCCUGGAGAGAGCAGAGGCCAAAGCCAAACAGCUCGUCUCUGCGGGGAAGAAAGUAUGAAGGAAGCUGGACUGUGGUACUCCAGAUAUGUUUUAUUUUAUUUUUUACACCUGAUGCACAUUUUUGGUCUUCGUCCUUCCCGAGUGACAUUUUUAUUAAUUGAAGGGUAUAUACCUGUAAAGUAGAAGCCCCCAUUAGUGUCCCGAAUCAAGCACACAUUAUAUAUUUGCAUGAUGAAUGGUUUAGUGCAGAGGUAGGCUACUGAUUAACAUCUCUGUUCAUUUUUGGGAAACGUUUUUCAUCUAGAAGCAAAUAAGGAUGUGAUUUGUUGUUUGGUUUGCUCUCAAAUAAGACUUAUUUUGCCUGCUUGCAUUCUUGGCUUGGUUAUGACACCCUAUGGACCCGAACUUGGUGAUGUCUUGACUACAGUUGCUGUUUUUGCUCAGGUUUUGAGAAAUGUAUCUGAGAUUUCUACACCAAAAAAAACCUUUACUUAUAAGGGUGGAGGCAGAAAUCUCAGAGACGGGUAUCUCAAAACCUGGACAAAUGAAAACCACUAUCAGCAUGGAUAGAGAAAUAAAUGAGAAUGUGUUUAUUUGUAUUUUGGGCGGACCAACAAAGUUAACACAAACAAAUAUUGACCAAUGGAAUAAAAUUCCUCAUUAUUAAUCAAUGAUCUGAUCAAUGCUGCCUCCUACAGAUGGUGAAAUACAACUGCAAGUUCAUUCGUUCUGACCCACUUGAAUAAUUUUGCAUAAAUAUUUAAUGUUUUUGAUAGAUUACUGACAAACUAUUUACCGAAAUUAAUGUCAAUCAAUUUUCCAUGGGUUAACAAGCCUAUGUGUAUGGGGAGUGGUGGCCUAAGAGUUAGAAAAGCAAGCUUGGGAAGGUUGUUGCCAGGAUAAAUCUAGGUGGGGAAAGUGAACCACGGUGUUUUCCCCUCUGUCAUUACCAGGUGCCGUUGAGCAAGGCCCUUAACCCCUACCACUCCAGUGGAGCUGCUCUAUGGCCAGCAGAUUUGACUGUGGCAGCUUCCAUGUGUGAAUGAGAUUAUGGCGUUCCUGCGAAAGAGAGCAUUGCUCUCCGUGCAAUCCCAACUG